AUGGAUGAGCUCGUCCGCCUGCUGAGUGACACUCAGCGGCCCGAGGAGGAGCCCCGGAAACGCGCCGAGCUCGGGCUUAAGAGCGCCCAGAGCAGUCCCGCGUUCCCGAGCCUGCUGACCGCCAUUGCCGCGACCUCCUCCUACCCGGCCGAGAUUCGCCAGUCCGGCCUCACCGUGCUACGGCAAUUUAUUCAGCGCAACUGGAUCCCCGGCGGCCUAGGCGGCGAUGUCGACGACGAGGACGACGACGAGGCCAGCGCCGCCGCCUCUCGUAUCCCCAUUGGCGACGACGUGAAGCAGCAGAUCCGCGUCCAGCUGUUGGAGCUGGCAACGCGUGACGGGAGCGAACGGCGCGUUCAGGCGGCGGUGAGCUUUGUGGUGGGCAAGAUCGCCGGUGUCGACUACCCGGAGCGCUGGCCCGACCUGCUUGAGUCUCUCCUGGCUGUGAUCCGCUCGGGCACCGACUCACAAAUACACGGCGCGCUACGCGUGCUGGGCGAUCUGGUUGACGACGGCUUGACCGAGAUGCAGUUCUUCGCUGUGGCCCGCAGCAUUGUCGAGGUGCUGUACCAGGUUUCUGUGUCGGGCGACCGCAAGCCGCUGCUGCGCGCACUCGCUGUCUCGGUGUUCCGCAGCAGCUUUGACCUGAUGGACAUGGUCAAGGACGAGCACCUCAAGGAGGUCAAGGCGUUUGCGCAGGAGGCUCUGCAGGGCUGGCUGCCCUUCUUCCACGACGUCAUGAAGCUGCAGCUGCCGCUCGACCAGCCUGCAAGCAAGGAAGGCCAGCAGUCGGAGAGUUGGAAUGGUCUGGUGGCCCUCAAGUUGCAGUGUGUCAAGACCCUGCUCAAGAUCAAGACUGUCUUCUCGUCGCUGCUGCUGCCCCAGAGCCCCAUAUUCUUCCAGGAGACCUGGCAGGACCUAGCCCUGCUCAAGGGUGCCUACGAGCAGCUCUACAUUGACCAGGACAGCCAGAGCCGUCUCGAGGACGCCGACGGCCUGCCUUACACGCUCGACUUCCUCGUACUUGAGGAGCUCGACUUCCUCAACCAGUGCAUCCGUGCGCCGCCGGUUCAGAAGCAGCUCAACGAGGAGCUGGCCAACAGCGGCGUUGCUGCUCACGACACGCCGUGGCUGGCCGAGCUGAUGGCGUUGCUGCUCAACUACGCACGCAUUACGCGGGAGGAGGAAGAGCUUUGGGACAUUGAUGUCUCGCUGUACCUGUCCGAGGAAACGUCCGUCACUGCCAAUUACACGGCGCGCACGGCCUGCGGCGACCUGCUGAUCAAGCUGGGCGAGUGGCUCGGCCAGCGUUCUCUGGAGGGCCUCUAUGCGCGCUCGCGCGAUCUUUUCGCAGCCGACCAGCCCAGUGGUGGCGAUUGGCGCGCCAAGGAGGCUGCCCUGUACCUCUUCACGAUGCUUGGUGGAGACAUGCUGGAUUGCGGCAACCCCGUCCCCGAGGAGAUUACCAACGCUUACCUCGCCCUCGUCGAGCCAUCCACUGCGGCCGGCCAAGAGUCGCUGCUGGUGGCCCGUGGCUACUUGGCGGCCGGCCUCAUCUCCCAGUCAAACGCGCUUGGUCUGCGCUACCUGGACAAUGCCAUCCUGUCUAUCACCAAGGCGGAGUCGGAGCUCGUUCAGGUGGCCUGCAUCAAGGCUCUGGACGGUUUCCUUCAAGCUCGCCCGCCGCAGCCCGGCCAAGGCAUUGCUGCGCCCGCUGAGCGGCAAGUGCCCAUCCUGCAAGCGCUCAACGACUUCCUCGGCGCACGCGAUCCGGCAGACAUUGAAGACGCCGACGACCUGCUGGCCACGUUUUGCGAGACGCUGCGCCGCACCAUCGGCCUGGAACCCCGUGUCAUCCUGACCAACGAGACGAUCCCGUCGAUCGACCUGCUCUUUGCCAUUGCGCGCUGCGGCGCGAACAACUUCCACGUAACAUUGAUUGUCAACGACUGCUUUGAGGAGAUUGUCGAGGCCCUCUCGGACCCCACAUCGUAUGUGGCCUUGUGCGCCAAGGUGAUCCCGACGCUUAACGGCUUCUUCACGUUCUCAGACCUGACCCAGGAUGAACCGCUUAUCACUAUGGCGACGGAGCUCAUUGCCGUACUCCUCCAGAGCGGCACGGAGCCGCUUCCGGCGGGUCUUGUGGCCCAGGUGGCACCCAAGCUCAAGAAGCUGCUGAUGGAGUCGGACGAGGGCGAGCUGCUGCGUCCCGGUGCUGAGGCGCUCAAGUACAUGCUGAGCCACGACCACCACCAGAUGUUUGAGUGGCACGACGAGCUGGGAAACAACGGCCUGGUUGUGUGCCUGCAGAUCAUUGACCGGCUGCUGGGCCCGGCGGUCGAGGACAACUCUGCGUCCGAGGUGGGCGGCCUGGCGGCAGAGCUGGUUGAGAAGGCCGGCCACCAGCGCCUGGGCGACGGCAUGCUGGAGCGUCUUCUGCAGGCCGUGGCCAACCGGCUGAGCUCGGCACAGACGGCGCCGUUUAUUCAGUCGUUGAUCCUCGUGUUUGCUCGUCUCUGCCUGACGGCUGCCGGCGAAGUGGUGGCCUUUUUAAGCCAGAUUACUGUCGGCCAAGAGAAUGGGCUGGCCGUGGUGCUGAGCAAGUGGCUGGAGAACUCGGCCAACUUUGCAGGCUACGACGAGAUUCGGCAAAAUGUCAUUGCUCUCUCGAAGCUGUACGACCUCAACGAUCCUCUGAUCAACCAGACCCAGGUCAAGGGUGACCUGAUUGUGCCCACGAGUGACCGGAUAAUGACGCGGUCGCGCGCAAAGCAGAACCCGGAUCAGUACACGAUCAUCCCGGCUCCGCUCAAGGUGCUGAAGCUACUCAUUGAGGAGCUCACGUCCGCCCAGGGCAAGUCGGGCGCUGCCUCGCUCGAGGUCGGCGGUAGUGCAGCAGCCGCGGCCGCUGCUGAGGCUAUGGGCAAGGAGGCCAAGAAGGACGCCGGCGAGGGCGGUGAGGGCGGUGGCGACGACGAGGACGAGGACGACUCUGGAUGGGAGGACGAGACCGACGACAUCCUGGACCUGAGCCUCGGCGCUACGAAGAACGACCUGUUCUCGUACCUCGACGGCGGUCCGGCCAACCGCCGCUCACGCGACGACGAGACGCAAGCGUACCUGACGGAAUUUUUCUUGCGGGCAGCGCGUGAGGACACGGGCGGGUUCAAGGGGUGGUACGACCAGCUGACGCCGGUGGAGCAACAGAAGCUGAACGAGCUGGCAUAA